UCGAAAUCGCGCAGCGUGAUUUGCAUCGAAGUGAACGGGUUAAAACGCCGGGGGAAGGGAUAAUGCACACCCACGUAAUUACGCGGCAUGUCGCGCUCCGAGAUUUUCACUUUUUUUUUUUUUUUUGCAUCCGAGAUCCAAGAAUGUAGAUUAUCAGCCAGUCUCUCAGUGUGAACGUUCUCCGUAAAAACGCGGCAGUUUUUUUUUCCGUUGAACAUUGCCGCGAGCUCUCUCAACAAAACGAACGACGACGUUCGCCGCGUAGUCAAUCGGCGCGUGAAUGUGUGUGCAAUUACAUAUUACUGCGAUAAUAUUACUAUAGUAUCAAAUCACCGUGUCGUGCGAAUCAAAUGAGAGAGAGAGAGAGAGAGAGAGAGAGAGAGAGACGCACGACACAAAAAUAAAUGUACGUAUCCACCUGCUGAGAAAUUGUAACAAUUUUCCUAAUAACUCGCAGAUAAAAUUUCGCGAAGGAAAUUAUGCAACAGUGAAAUUACACGUGCCGCGGCUACAUAUGACUUGUAACGCCGCUUUGAGAAAGUACUUCCACGCGGAUAGGGCUUUCGAUGGGAGAAUUGACGUUCGUUCGAUGUGCUUCAACGACAACGAUGACGACAAUUACGACGACGACGACGACGACGACGACGACGACAACGACGGGGGCACGAGAACCACUGGGUAAAUGUGAACGUAUGGACAUCCGUGGUUGUCUGUCCAACUCGAUGUUCAGUGUCGUCAGUUCGAUCUGGUCAGUGGGCCAUUCAGCAUGAAUAACGAACGCAAGGAUGAGACGUUCGUUUACUCAGUCGGAAGCCAAGACCAAUUGGUGCCGAUAAGAUCCAGAUACACUUACCUUAAAAAGCGGACCCGAAUUACCAACUUACAAAUGAUAUUCCUGCUCGUCCUCGCGGGUCUUCCCCUGAUCAUCACAAUUGUGGUGCUCGCGAUACUUUAUGUGCGCAUCAGCGUGAUAAAAAUAUGCGAUAGCGAAGAUUGCGUGCGAAUAGCUGCUAGUUUGAAGGAAUCUAUGAACGCUUCUGUAGAUCCAUGCGAUGAUUUUUAUCAAUACGCGUGCGGCAGAUGGUCGCAGGAACAUCCCAUUCCGGACUCCAGUCUGACGAAUUCCUGGUUCAGCGAACGCAGCGAUCGCGUGUCCAGGAAGAUCCGAGAACUGUUGAAGGUCAAUGUGUCCGCUGGUCAAGUACCGCGGGCAGUGAUGCAAACGAAGACGCUGUUUACCAGCUGUAUGGACACUCGAUCGAUGAACGAGCUCGAUCUGUCGCCGCUGAUCGAUCUGUUGGAGUUGUUGAAUUUGCCGAUGAUACCGGCGGCUCUCACCAAUAAAACUGACAAUUACAUCGAGCAGAGCGCCAAGGUGAAGAGAAUUCUGGGCCGUGACAUUUUCUUCGGUUUCGACAUAAUGCCCGAUCCGAGAAACAAUAGCAGAAACGUACUCUACCUCGACGUUCCGGAGCAGGGCAGUCCAUUUCCCAGCGAUAAAGAAUUGGAGAGACGUCUGCGGACCAUCAGAUCGCGUCUGAGAAAGCUGGAAGAUCUGGACGACGAAUCCAUGCUGGACGAAAACGAAGACGCCGAAUUGGUUUACAUGACCGAUGUCAUCAAGCAGAUCAUCAGCAACGGCACUGUUAAUGCCUGCAUCACGGAAAGCGAAUUCAAAACGGAGAUACUAGCGGAAUUCGUCGAGACGAUUUACGACACUAGCAGCGUCCUUUAUUACAUGAUUCGUGAGGAUCAAAAUAGAAGCGUUUCCGAGGAUGAUUUGAGCGACGAUGAUUACAUAUUGGUGGACGAUCUUCAAAAGUUGACGGACGAAUACGUGACGAGCAUCAACUCGACUCUUGUUCCCAAACAGAUUUGGCGACCCUUCAUCGAGUCGGUCUUCGAGCAGAUCGUGACGUUGGAUCUCGAUAACAAGGACAAAGUGCUUGUCGGCAAUUUAAAUUACUUGAAAGACGUGGCGCUGAUACUCGCUGCUUCCGAGGAGGAAGUGUUGGAAAGUUACAUUUGGUGGGUCGUCGUGGAUAUGGCGACGCCUCACUCUUCCCAAAAGCUCAGAGACGCUUGGAACGAGUAUGUGAACAAAGUGAUGCAGGUAGAAAUAGGUGAAUCCCAAUCUUUGCAUUGCGCAUCGGCUGUGAAUCAAUUGAUGGGAAUGGCGGUGUCGUGGUUAUUUGUUGAUCCAACGUUUCAGACCAAAACAGGUUAUAAAGUGCGCGAAAUGGUCGAAGACAUAAGAGAGGCGUUUGUCUCGCUCGUCAGCAGAACGGACUGGAUGGACGAGACGACGAAGUCGGCGACCCUGGAAAAGAGUCGGAAGAUGAGUUCCGAAAUUGGAUUUCCCAAGUGGCUCUUCGACAAAAAGAAACUCGACGAAUAUUACAAAGGCGUGGACCUGUCGGAAACAAAAUACCUGGAGAACAUGGUGCAGAUCGUUCGUCUGUCUUGGAACGCCACGUGGGCGAGCUUGCGCGACAAUAAUAAUCUGGACAACAAGCUUUACUGGACGACCGAUCCUACUGAUGUAAACGCGUUCCACACCUUUCAUGUUAAUCAAAUAACCAUACCCGUCGGAAUUCUUCAAUUCCCGUUCUAUGAAUUGGGUCUCGAGGCCUUGAAUUACGGCGCCAUCGGUUCGAUACUCGGGCACGAAUUGACCCACGGUUUCGACAAUCUCGGUCGGCACUACGACAGCGAAGGAAAUCUCCGCCAAUGGUGGACCAACAACACCAUCUCGGAAUACACCGACAGAACCCAGUGCUUCAUCGAUCACUACAACACUUAUUACGAGAACGAGAUUGACGAUUACAUCGACGGGGAACUGACUCUGGGCGAGAACAUCGCCGACAACGGCGGUCUUCGCGAGGCCGUCGUUGCUUACGCGAGAUGGAAGACCAGACACGAUAAGGAACCUCUGCUUCCGGGACUCACGCAUUUGACGCACGAACAGCUGCUGUUUCUCGCCUUCGGACACGUAGGAUCAACGAUCUAUCCUCUAAAAGAAACUCUCCUUUACUUAAUUUUUUUUGAAAAUAAAAGAUAUAUUUUUUUAUUUCAGUUGUGGUGCGAGUCGUACACCGCGUCUUCGCUUAAAUGGAUGCUGGAGGACAGUCACUGUCCCGGCCACGUGAGACUUCAAGCGGUGCUGAGAAACUCCAAGGAAUUCAGCACCGCCUGGAACUGUCCCGAAGGAUCGUACAUGAAUCCUCCGAAAAAGUGUCAUCUAUGGUAGUGAUAUCUUCGGCCGAGGAGAGACAACUUGAUGCUUAGCCAUUUGAUGCCGUCGAUCAGUGAAACGCGUUUUAAUUUCAACGAUAAAAGAAAGACGCAACAUUGCUGUAAUAUAAUUCAAUUAUCGUUGCGACGACGAAUCUCGAGAGAGACUCUUACUUAUAGCGAUUUCGGCUGGUCUGCAUCGGUGUGCCACCUGAGUGUAGAGUUGGUGCAAGUGUGCAGUGCGUACACUCAUGUGGUGUUGCACUGGAUAUUUCGACCACGCUAGUGUGUAUCAGCCGAACACGAGACCACACCAACUGGCUCCAACUAAUUUGUGAGAGCCACUUUGUGUACACCCAACAUGCAUCUAUGCAGUGUACUGAGCUCAGACGAAUACGCGGCACCAGGCAAGGAACUGCACCAUUCGACCAGCCGAACACACAAGUUACACCAACAUAUGCCAAAAUAUGCAGUCGGUGUAGACCAGCCGAAAUCGCUAUUAAUUGUGAAACUUUUCGCACCGAUGUGAGUGACUUUUACGAAGAAUCAAAACCAAUUCAAUGACGUUUGUAAUAAAAGAGAACUUUAUUUACGUAAACGAAAUCGUAUAUGUACAACUUUUCUCUCUGAUGUCAAUAUUCUUCUGACUUUCGAACAUUCAUAUAAGACGUCUUUGUCAAUUUGUUGGAAGAUUUCUUCCUAUCCGCGGCCAUAGAGAAUCAUGCUACUUAUAGCGAUUUCGGCUGGUCUGCACCGGUGUGCCACCUGUGUAGAGUUGGUGCAAUUGUGUGCAACACCGCAUCGGUGUGUGUACUGAUUACACUAACUGGCUCCGACUAAUUUGUGAGAGCCACUUUGUGUAAACUCAACAUGCACCUAUGCGGUGUACUGAGCUCAGACGAAUACGCGGAACCAGCAAAGAACUGCUGCCAUUCGACCAGCCGAACACACAAUUUGCACCGACACCCGAAAUGUGCAGUCGGUGCAAACCAGCCGAAAUCGCUAUUACAAAGGAGCGACUAACGAAAGGAUUCAAAACAAGAAGAUUUAUUUAAACAAUCGAGUAAAAUAAAUUACUCAAAUCUUGGAUGUAGCUUGUUUUCCAGUAAAAAAAAAAAAAA